UGGACAUUGAAUACUGGGAGCAGGUUCCUUUUUCCACUAUUUGCGGUACUUAGCUGGUCAUUUUUGCACUUUCAGUAACAUGGGACUUCUCGCUUGUAUCACAAAUAAAUAGCUUGUUAGGAAAUCGUUUCUGCCUACAAUAUUCCAUCAAAGUGUUCAAAUGAUUUGGUAGAGUAAAAUCAUUGUGGUAUCCAAAUUAUGGAUCCUGGCACCAACGAUUAUCGUAGUGGAAAUGUUAAUGCAGAUUUGCGCAAUUCUUCGUAUCGUGUUUCUACAGGUAUCCCGAUAUUAGACGAUUCAAUGCAAGGCGGUGGUUAUGCAGAAAGUGUUGGCCAAGAAAAGGCUGGGAGUUUUCUUUGUCUUAAUCGAGCCCAGGUAGAGUAUUUACACAGCCAUCCAUACACACAAAGUAGCACUGCGGAAAAUGAUCGUCAUUACCUUAGCAGUUUUAAUGAACUUCCUCAUAGUGGAUCCCGAAAACAUUCACUCUCCGGCGUUGUACGGACUAGGAGACGGAAAGCUGGAUAAGUGAGGAAGAACGUGUCUGCAUUGUGUGUGGUGAACCAGCAUCCGGCUACAAUUUUGAUCGUCUUACAUGCGAAAGCUGUAAGGCUUUUUUCGUCGGAACGCGCUGAAACCUCGGGAUAAA